AUGGAGCUCACCGAUAACUCCACUCAAUCGCAAGCGGAUGAAAAGACCGUCGGACAUAUGGACAAUAGCCAUGACAAACAGGGCUAUAGUCACCAAGAAGAUGUUGGAUCGGGUGACUAUGCGGACGAAUCGGGGGAGCAAGUGUCUGAGCCUCCUAUGACUUUCCGUCGGUUUAUGGGCUUUACAGCUAUGGCCUUCUUAUGGACCGGCAGUCAGAUUCCUGUCUAUCUGUUUGGAGGAAUUCCACCCUACAUCUAUAGAGAUAUAGGCGGAUCAGAUCGAUGGGUUUGGUUUGUUUUAGCAAACCUCCUCGCUCUUGCUGGUGUCUGUCCAUUUGUUGGAUCCCUUUCCGAUCUGAUAGGUCGUCGCUCUGUUGCCCUAAUUGGAGUUUCGCUCAUUUGUAUUGGGAUGAUUGUGAGCAGUACCGCACACACGAUGAAUACAUUCAUCAGUGGAAUGGCCAUCGCAGGUGCAGGUGCGGGUGUCAACGAGUUGACCGCAUUAGCUGCAACAUCUGAGAUGGCGCCUACCAGACAGCGAGUGCCGUUCUGCCCAUCUGUAUUAUGGGCUCAGCUUAUAGCAGCCCAUAGCGGUUGGCGAUAUGUCGGGGCAUUCUGCGGUGCCUGGAAUGGUUUCGGUUUGUUGAUCACGGCGCUAUUUUACUAUCCGCCACCAAGGAUUAAUUCAGAGGGAUUAUCCCCCAGAGAGGUCAUGAGUCGGGUUGACUAUGUCGGUGGCUUCCUCAGCAUUGUGGGACUUAUAUUGUUCAUGGCCGGAAUGCAAUGGGGCGGUUAUCAGUACGCUUGGUCAUCAGCGCAUGUCCUCGUGCCACUCAUCCUCGGAUUCGCUCUCCUAGUCAUUUUUGGUGUUUGGGAAGUCUACGGCGCAAAGUACCCUAUCUUCCCCAGUCGCCUGAAGCAAGAACCUCGUACCCUGGGUCUAACCCUAGUUAUCACCUUCAUCUCUGGUGCAAACUUUUUCUCCGUGAUCAUGUUCUGGCCCACCCAGUCGUUCAAUGUAUACGGACAUGAUCCAGUCGACGUUGGCGUCAGAAGCUUACCCAUCGGAUUUGGCAUCAUGGGUGGUGCCUGCAUCACACUGUGGCUAUUGAGUCUGCUACGAGGCCACAAUAAAGAACUAUUAAUCAUCAGCAGUAUCCUCAUGACCGCUGGCUGCGGCGCAAUCUCAAUUGCCCGUCCCGACAACUUGUACCAACUAUGGGGUCUACUCACUCUCGCCGGUCUAGGUAUCGGCGGAAUCGUAGUUCCAGCCUCCAUCAUGACAACCAUCAUCUGUCCAGAUGACCUAAUCGCAACCAUCUCCGCCCUUACCCUCUCCAUCCGCGUAGUGGGCGGUAGCAUCGGCUACACGAUCUACUACAACGUCUUCAUAUCUAAAUUCGUUCCAAAUGCCAAACACUACAUCGGCGGCGUCAUGCUCACAAAGCUCAAUAUCACGAAUACUACCUACAUUGCCGAAGCAAUCGAACUCACCGGUGCCUCGCUAUUAGACGGUCUGCGCGAGAUUCCUGGAAUCGCAGGGAAUGACACUGCGUAUCAGGCUGUUGUUGUGGCAGGCCAGAUGGCCUAUUCGGAGAGCUAUAAGUGGGUAUAUUAUGCUAGCAUUGCGUUUGGUGGUGUUUCGAUUCUGGCGGCGUGUUUCUUGGGAAAUAUUGGGGAUUAUAUGGAUGAUCAUGUGGCUGUUGUUAUUUAG